UUUAAAUAUGUGUACCAGAGUGCCCCCUAUACUACAAUGUUUGAAUAAUAUAUUUAUUUAAAUCAAACCGUAAAAUUGUGUUUACGUUAAGCAAUAUACCAACGUUAUUAAGGACCAAACAACAAUGCAAAAUUUAUUGAAUCAAAAUCAAAAUUGUGCACUUGUGCGUUGGAACGAAGACCAACUGACAUUUCGUGAACGCGAAUUUUAAAGUGUACAAACUGCAUAUCCACGGGUUUCAGAAGAAAUAAACUUAACAAAUAGAGCACAGGCGGCAAUUGAAAAGACGAAACAAAUCGAGAAAAAUGAAAAAAGCAAUAAUAACGACCGACGCUGGCGAAAAACGGCGUAAAAAGUAUUUGAAAACCAACCGACCGCCGCCGCGGCAAAGGUACGUGAUUGGACGCGCUAAGGAAUCGACGGGAACGGAUGGGGGGGGGGGGCGGAUUGUAGAAACGGAGCGGUUCAUUUUUUACGCCACAGUUUCACCAUAGCCGGCGUUUUUUGUUCCAUAGCGUCUAAGCUCACUAAGCGUCAGCUGUUGGUGGCAACGCCGCGGCACGUUAUACGUCAAUGUUGGACCGUUCGCUCUUCGGAUUGGUCGGGCGGCGACUCGUCGUGCGCGUUUGCCAAAUUUUCGUCGGGUCAAACUGUCGGGCCUAACAUAAUGACCGUCUAACGUCGUACGCGUUAGCAAAAAUUAUCGGCCACUCGUCGACGACCUCCGACAGGUCACGACAACGCGAGCGUGGCAACGCCGCACAAAACGGAGCCGCUCGGCAGCUAACCACAAAUUUCCGUCACCGUGUAAACGUUGUUUCGCCAUUCGUCGUCCUGGCCGUGGUGGUUGAGUGUAAACGUGGUGGAAAAUAUUAUCGGACAGCGAAACUCUGGUACGACUAGUAUCGCGUAGCGACGGCAUAAUAUUGCUGAACCGAUCGAGGAGGCGACGUCGUCUGGUCUGGAAACCAUCCGGCCGUCGCGAUAUCCGCGUCUGAAGCUUCAGUACUGCCCGAAAUUUGUUCGUCCCGGACACGAGUGGACAGAAGUUGUAGUGUAGUGUAUCAAUCGUUCCGUUUCUCCCGACAUGCCCGUCGAUACGACUAGCGAAACGACGGAACAGCAGGUUUCCACUGUGAAGGAGAACUCGCUGAAACAGUCGAAACCUAACUUGCCUGAUAUUGAACUUCCUGAUGAUGAUCCUAAUGAACCAACACCUUCUACAUCAAAAAAUGUGUUAACAGAUGGUUUAAAGCGACCUUUGUCAGAUGAAGUAGACGGUGAUAAAGAAAAAAAAAUUAGACUUACUGAAGUAAGUGAAGGCGAACUGGAAGUUACUAACAAAAAUGAUAAUAAAGAAAGUCAUAUUGAACUGUUGUUACAAAAAGUUUCGGAGUCUCUAGAGAAUACAAUUGAUGAUGAAUUUAAUAUUUCCAAUAAGACACCUUUGCCAGAUGGAGUAGACGGUGAUGAAAAAAAAAAAAUUAGACUGACUGAAGUAAGUGAACACAAACUGGAAAUUACUAACAAAGAUGAUAUUAAAGAAAGUGAUUUUGAACUGUUGUUCCAAAAAGUUUUGAAGUCUAUAGAAAAAACAAUUGAUGAUAAAUCUAAUGUUUCCAUUAAGACACCUUUGCCAGAUGGAGUAGACGGUGAUAAAGAAAAAAAAAAUAGACUGAUUGAAGAAAGUGAAGACGAACUGGAAGUUACUAACAAAGAUGAUAAUAAAAUAAGUCAUAUUGAACUGUUGUUACAAAAAGUUUCGGAGGAACUAGAAAAUACAUUUGAUGAUGAAUCUAAUGUUAAUGAUAUCAGUAAGGAUAGAAAAAAAAAAUAAUCCAAGUGAUAUAUACUUAAAAUAUU